AUUAAAAAAAAAAAUUCAUUUAUUGCUCAAAUACCCGAUGAUUUUCCCCACUCCGGCUGUCCUCUCCACUUUCUAGUGGUAAAACAACCACUUUCGUAACUUGUGGACGGAAAGGCUCAUGGAUUAAAAGAAGCAAAGCAACCAUAAGGAAACUGUCUCCCACCCUCCGUUCUGUCCCCGAGUCCGGCAUGGUCAGUUGGUCACACACCCUCGCAGAUUUCACUUCAGCCAUUGAAUCCCAGACGUCGUAUCUGGAGACUCCGCUUCAAGAAACAGUAGCUUUCCUUUGUUACGUAGGGAAAAAAGAUACACAUCGGGGAUCGUCGCUCUGUAACCGCCUCUGUGCGGCUUCGCUGCCGAUUCCUUCUCCGUCUUGGUGGUGGGAUUUCGUCUGGCGCUUUAAUCGCCCUGAAACAUCUCCUCCACGGUCUGCUCAUCUCUCAUGGCCUUGGUGGAGCAUUUGGGUGAUGCGAAUAUGGUUCCGACUGUCCAACAGGAGAGCUGUCUCUCUUAGGGAAUUGGAAAAUUCUGGCGCUUCAUCGGCGAUGGUCGAUUUCGGAUCUCAAUGGAACUCAACUGCUCGUCGGUAAAUGGGGUUGCGGUUACAGGGAUUUUAAAGGAGUGGCGGUCUGGGCUCCUACGGCGAGUCUUUCCGACAAGGUUAUUGCGCUGCGGGUUUUUUUUGCGGUUACAACUCUCGACAGGCACGUUUUAAUUUUCCAAAAUUUUUAUUUGUUCUCUUAUUUUUUAAUGGUAAGCAAAAAAUUUUGUGGAGCCUUAAAUCGUGGCCAAUCUAUUGUGUGUUUUUGUGGUGAUUCCCAAUUGAUCAUACGUCGAGCAAUGGAGAAUGAUGUUAAUAAUGAUCGAGGUGGCGUAGUGCUUGAAGAAGUGCGAGGUUGAAGACCUUUUUUUUUUCAUUUUUUUCAUUUUUGUUUUUGCUCUUCGUAGUACUAACAGGGCUGCCCAUUGCGUGGCAUAAACUGGCCCUUGCAUCGGUAGCAACCCAUUUGGUUGACUACCGCUUUUUCACUUUCAUCGCAUUGUAAUACCCUAUCUAUUACGAUCUAUCUAUGACAAAAAAAAAAAAAAACUAACCACUUUCUACAAGUAGAAAGGAACCAUGUCGUACCUGAAGGAGCUAUCAGUGUCGUUGAUCUGACCGCCGACCGCAUCAUAAGUACACGAAUCAAAGAGCUCCUUAGAGCAUCUCCAUCAAUGCAAUUGCAAAUUCAAUUGCAUAUGGUAUUUUUAUGAUUUUUUUUAAAAUUUUAUGCAAUCCAACUCAUCUUUAUUUCAUUCCACCUAUAGCAAUACAAUUCACUUGCAAUUGCACAUAUGAUGGUUUAUAAUAAAUAAAUAAAUAAUCAAGAGAAAAAACAAAUUUUUUAUUUUUUCUAUUCAUUUUAAGUAGCUUGCAUUUUCAAUUUCAUUUAAUGCAAAUAUACAUCUUUGCAAGUGGCCACUACAUUGAUGCAAUCUCUUUUACAAUUGCAUAUUCAACGUCACAUAGGAUUUGCAAUUGAACAAAUACCAUGGGGAGAAUCAGCAAGCAUUCCUCGCACUUAGCGAGUAUGUUACAUUGUUAGUGCCAAAACAAAAGUACUGUUGCCGAUGAAGACGACAUGUCCACGUUAUAUAUAGGGGUACUGGUGCUGUACGUAUUUUAUGCACGUGGAAAAUAGGUUUCAAUAUAGCAUUAGUUUAAUUUGAUCAUAUCCGAUCGAGGACAAAAGUACGACGUUACCGUUGGAGAUUGCGUGCGGUUAGUGUUAGUAGGUAGCUAGCUACAAUUGUUCUCCAUUGGCCGGCCGGCCGCGUAAUUAUAUAAUCUUCGUUACAAAAUAUGUGAUCUUAAUUGGGUUAAUUGUAUGGUUGGUCACUGAAAUUACAAAAAGCGUUCAAGUUAGGUCACUCGAAAUAUUUAAAUCCAUUGGUGGUACUUCAGUUUAAUGAAACCGUUCACGUUUGGUCACUCUCCGUUAACUUUGCUUAUGUGGCAGUCAACUUUAAAAGUUGACCGUUAAAUGUGUGACGUGGCAAUUAAAAAAGAAUUAAAUAAAUAAAAUUUAUUUUUUAAA